AUGGCGCCCCGCGCCCCGCGCAGCUGAGCCGCCGCCGCCCGCCGCAGAUCAACAGCCAAAAUUUGGAAGGCCGUCAGCUUUCUGAUGGUGGUGAUAAGCCAUGGCGACAGAUGAUAAAGUUGCCAUCUUAACCGAUGAUGAAGAGGAGCAAAAGAGGAAAUACGUGCUGGCCGAUCCUUUUAAUGGUAUUUCCAGGGAACCAGAACCACCUUCAAACGAAACGCCGUCCCCGUCUGAAACAGCUGCUAUUCCUGAGGAGGAAAUAGACUGGAUAGAGAAACACUGCGUUAAGAUAAACAAUGAUCUUCUCAUUUCCAAGGUCUUUUAUUUCUUCUUUUACUCUGCAUAUGGCUCUCUCUACCCCCUUUUGCCUGUGUAUUACAAGCAGCUGGGAAUGUCACCCAGCCAGAGUGGACUGCUGGUAGGUAUUCGAUACUUCAUUGAAUUCUGCAGUGCCCCCUUUUGGGGUGUAGUUGCAGAUCGCUUUAAAAAAGGCAAAAUCGUCCUCCUCUUUUCUCUUUUGUGUUGGGUUUUAUUCAACCUGGGCAUCGGAUUUGUCAAACCCGCUACCUUGCGAUGUGUACCAAAGAUCCCCCCAACAGCUCAUCCCACCAAUUCAAGUCACCCAUUCACCGUCCUGCCGACAAAUUCCUCCAUUGUCUCUUUCAUCACCACCUCCCCAAGAAUUCGUGAGAAAAGGCACCUGCUUCCUUAUGAUGGGCCAGUGAUGUCAGAAGCGGGGCCCAAUGUCACAGAAACUGUCAUCUUCCCGACAGCUCCAAACAAGACCAGUGCACCCACUCUGCAGCCUGAGACCGAUGAAAUUACUGACCAUAUUGUGACCUUGAACCCAAGCACUGCAACCUCCUCUGCCCCCCCAGGAAAUGCAACCAGGGAGACAACCACCUCCAUCGUCACUACCACCAAGCCUGUACCUUCCGACCGAGUCACUCUGGUUUAUGAUCAGCAAGAAGUGGAAGCCAUAUUCCUGGUGGUCUUGGUCGUCGUUGUAAUAGGAGAGUUUUUCAGCGCCUCCUCCGUCACGAUCGUGGACACAGUGACGCUCCAGUACCUGGGUAAGCACAGAGACCGCUAUGGCCUGCAGCGCAUGUGGGGCUCCCUGGGCUGGGGCCUGGCCAUGCUGUCUGUGGGCAUCGGCAUCGACUACACCCACAUGGACGUGCUCAUCGAAGGGAAGGGCUGUAAGCCGCCCGAGUACCGGAACUACCAAAUCGUCUUCUUCGUCUUCGGGGUCCUCAUGACCAUGGCCUUGAUUGUUGCUACCCAGUUCCGGUUCCGCUACAGCCACUUCAAAAACAGUGAAGGUAAAGGGAAAGAGGUGGAGAUCCCUCAGGUGGAGAGGAACAGCUCCACGGAGUCCUCUGAGGAGACACCGACCACCACCAGCCACUCGCAGGCCUUCAGCUUCUGGGACUUGAUCAGGCUGCUUUGCAGCGUGCAGUACGGCUCCGUGUUGUUCGUGGCUUGGUUUAUGGGUUUCGGAUAUGGCUUCGUGUUCACCUUUCUCUACUGGCAUUUGGAGGACCUGAAUGGAACAACAACUCUCUUUGGGGUCUGCUCAGUCCUGAGCCAUGUGUCUGAGCUGACAGCUUAUUUUUUUAGUCACAAGCUUAUUGAACUGAUUGGCCAUAUCAGGGUUCUGUACAUUGGUCUGGCCUGCAAUACAGCUCGCUAUAUUUAUAUUUCCUACCUGGAAAACGCCUGGACUGUUCUGCCCAUGGAAGUUCUUCAAGGAGUGACACACGCGGCCAUCUGGGCGGCCUGCAUCUCUUAUCUCAGCGCCGCGGUUCCCCCUGAGCUGAGGACGUCUGCCCAGGGCAUCCUGCAAGGCCUUCAUCUGGGUUUGGGGAGAGGCUGUGGUGCCAUGAUCGGAGGCGUGUUAGUCAACUUUUUUGGGGCUGCUGCAACCUUCCGAGGAAUCGGCAUGGCCUGCCUGGUGAUCCUCCUACUCUUUGCCCUGAUCCAGUGGCUAGCGGUACCAGAUGAGGAAGAAGACAAGACGAUGUUGGCAGAAAGGAUUCCCGUUCCCUCUAGCCCUGUUCCCAUAGCAACCAUCGACCUGGUCCAGCAACAGACAGAAGAUGUUAUGCCACGCACUGAGCCCAGACUUCCACCCAAGAAAACCAAGCACCAGGAAGAACAGGAGGAUGUGAACAAGCCAGCCUGGGGGGUCAGUUCCUCUCCCUGGGUGACCUUUGCCUACGCACUCUACCAGGUUAAAGAGAUGAUGCAGCUCACAAGGGACAACCGUGCUUCUGAGAUACAGCCUCUGCAGGGGACCAGUGAGAGUCAGAAACAUUCUGCAGCUGGUGGAGCCCAGCCUGGACCAUGUGAGGCUCCUCCUGACCCACCUAGAAGCCAGCCAUCCCCUCCAGCAGCCGCAUCUCAGACGCAGAGCAGCCCUGCUCACCCCAGUGUGGACCCGCGCACAGAGGACAGUGAGGACCACCAGGCUCCGCCUGCCGCUGGGGGACACUGAGGCGUCCCGCUCACCUCACACCCUGCAUGGAGCUGGGCUCCUCUGCCAGGACAGAGGGAGAGGCGCCUGAACCCAGGACACGCCUCACUUGAGGGGCACAGCACCACACACGCUUCUAACACCUGAACUCAUCGCCAAGGAGACACCCACACACAAAGGAGCUACAGUACAUAUUGGCAGGGACAGGCCACCUCCCACAGCCCCACCGGAGUCACAGGAGGAGAAUGGAGUUCAGUGAGGGCUUUCGGUUCUUGGGUUUGUAGGUUAAGGACCACAGGAUUUCUCUGCCAGGGCAGUAAGAGUUGGAACCAGCAGUUACACUGAAUGGGUGGAGGGGAAGAAAGUGUUUCAAGGUGAAUGCUGAUAUAAGUUCCCUCUUCUGAUUAUUUAUUCUAAUUAUUUGGUUCUUAAUGCAAACGGAGAGGAAACAGAAUACAUCUAUAAUUUUGUUUCUUUUAAAAAGAACCAUUUAAAAAUUAUAAGACUUAUUUUAAAAGUAACCAGAUAAAAGUUGGUAGCAUCUAUGUUUUUGUUUAAUAAGAAAGAAAAACAAAGGAAAAAGUUUCGUCAGAAACUGGGGAUAUCUCUAGGAAAUAUAUUUUUAUAUGUGUAUGGUAUAUAAUGAAAAUAGUCAAUUCUUGGAGCAGCAAAAGCUGUUACUGACCACUGCAAGCUAAGCUGAGCUUUAAAAUGCCUUCUGUUUUAAAUGGCCUUUAAGACCAGAGGAAGGAAUAUUUGAAAUAAACCAACCAACUCAGUAUGCUGUGGCUUGAUAGACAAAGGUUUACUAAAUAUAUUGAUACUGUAAAUAGCCUCUAUCACUAUUUACAGCUUUCUAGUGAUUUGGGCUCUAAUUAGCUGAUGGAAUAAAACAAACGCAAAAUCAA